AUGUAUUGCAUCGGGGACGAAGUCUGCAAGGCAAACAUGCAAAUGGCCUUUGCAGAUCGGGGAGAUGAGCGUGUACAUGACUAUGCAGGCGGCUCCACUCUGAUGAACGAUCAAAUCUCUUCUGUGUCGCAGAUGCUACAAGGCGAGAUCAUUGCUUGUGUUGCUGCAGCGCACGAGCUUCUACACUUGCGCCUGUGUAGCAAAGCAUUUCUUGAGAUUCUAGGACAGGAUUCAGUGCUUCGAGGCUCAGUCGUCGAUUUGCGGAAUGCAAAACCCCGCGCAUUUCGGCCUGGAAGCGCUUUUGCAAGGUUGAUGCCUAUGCUUGCACACGCAGACGUACUCAAGCUGCAGUACCGACAUAUGCAUGCCAUCCCCGCAGAUUCGAUUUGCAGAGUUUUGCUUCAUUGGUCCGGGCAAACUUUUCUUCGACGAGAAGACAAUCUCUACUCAUGGCGGGCUGCACAUCCUGUUUGUCAGCGCGCAAGCUUGGACAUUGCAGUUUCCUCGGAGAUUCGCGUCCUUAUUCUUGGCAUCAAAAGCCGUGUUCGAAACAGCCCGCCUCAGACUCGAAUGUGGGCAUCAAUUCAUAACCCUUUCCGCGCCGACCCCUUGCUGGCAACUCCGGAAAACCCGGACAUGUUCACUGAGUGCAACAUACCUGCUCACACAGGUGUUCGCUGGCUCAAUGUUUGCUUCGAGUGGAAUGCGCAUUCUUUUGCAGUGUUCCUGGAUGACGAGCCGCUGUGCUCCGUUGCUCUCGUUCGCAAUAUUUCUUGUUGGGCUUAUCCAUACGUGGUGUCCUGGGCGCGUCCGGAAGCUUCCCCGUUAGCAGUGAUCACAACGCCAUUUUACCGACCCGCAGGAGUGCCAAAUCCUGAUUGUGUUGUUUGUGGAGCUCUCGGCCGCACUCGACCGGCAGUUGCUUGCUGUCUUGAUUGUGAGCAUUGGUUUUGCGAGGAACAUGGUUUCGGUGCUGUGCAAGUAUGUUUGGGUUGCAUGGACGAGCUUUACAUUCAAGAUCACAUCGGAGGAGCCAGUAGUCUUGAGGCGUCCGCAUUUAUUGACGCAAAACGUUUACAAGCGCUGCGACACCGACAGCUUUCCAUUCCGAACAACGCAGAUCAGGCGGUGUGUCUGGCUGGGAAACUAUUCGAAGUGGAAAGCUGCGUGAGGUCUCGAAGCCCACGCCCUGGAACCAGUUACAACACACUGUGUCGUAGGUUCGACUUAGAUUUCUGUGAAAAAGAGUUUCAGGAGUCGAUCAGCAAGUCUUGCCAAGUUCGUGUGGACAGCUUCCUUGCCAGUGGUCACUAUGCUACAUGUCCAUCAUUGUCCCCUCCGCCUGGAAUGACUUCGCUGUACGAUCACGGCAUGGAGCAUCGUCUACCGCCUCAGUUGCUUCUGUCUCGUUUGCCGCGGCCGCUGUUGGAUUGCAAACCUAUUUCCUUUGAUGUGGAGCAUCUGAAGGUGCCUGCUAUUCUUGAUCAUCUAAGUCUGUUGCAUGGUCAUGAGCAUGAUCAGCACUUGAAAUUCGAAGAUGCAGGGCAUCGUUACUUCUGGAAGAACGAGAGCGUCGACAUAUCAGUGACUGGCUUGCUUCGUUUAUUUAGUAGCGCAUUCAAAGAACAAGACGUGAUCGACAGCAUGCGCCAAGGAAACAACUGGCCACGUGCUGCGUACGUCAAGCCGUAUGCCUCGCUUCAGCUGUUGCAAACCGUUCAAGCAAUGCCUGGCACGCAGGAACUUGUCAGCCUGCUGCGGCAGUUACCGCAUGAUCGAGAGGCAGUGGCCAAGCUCGUGCGGUCCAUCCCGCGCUCCGAUGAAAUCCGUGACUCGUGGGCCCAAGCGCGUCGAGUUGGUGCAGCUCGAGGAACAUGGAUGCACGCGCAAAUUGAAUGCCUUUUGAACGGUGGCUGCGUUACUUCCUGUAGCUUGGAGGUGGCGAAAUUUCUGCGGUUCGUAGCUGAUGGAGGCAUCGGCAGCGCCUGCGUUUUUCGCACAGAAUGGCGAAUAUACGCAACGAGCGAGUCUGUUGCAGGUUCAAUUGAUUUUGUGGCGCGCGAGCCGGACGGUUCGUUGGUGUUGUUCGACUGGAAGCGUGCUCGCAAAUUACAUGAAAAGAACAAUUCGUUUGGCAAGUUUAUGAAGUCGCCGGUCAGCCAUUUGCCUGAUGCUGCACUUUGGCAUUACCGAUUGCAAUUGAACUUAUACAAGUGGAUUUUGGAGAAGUAUUACAGUAUGCAUGUGGCCGCGAUGUACGUUGUGUCUUUCCACCCUGACGAUCACACUUUUGUUGACAAAGUUCAAGACAUGCAAGUGGACGCAAAUGCCAUUAUGACCUACCAGAGGCGCCGCUUACAGGACAGAACUUCCUUGCUGUGUGAUGCUUCCUCAGAUCUUCCGCAGUCUGAGGAAGGUAGCAUUCUGCGUGAGGUAGAAGACGAUCCAGCAAGGGUGGCUCAGGGCCACUCGUCCUUGUGGCACAAAAGCUUACAGCAUGUUAUGCAAAAAGCAAUCUGUGUGCAUCGACUGCGCUUGCUGGACAUUUCUCGUAGAGAGGAAGUUUACUUUCUCGAGCUCAUUGAAGGAAGCUCGCGGCAUGUGCGAGCUCACGGCGGCCAAUGUGCAGACAAACUUCCAGAGAGAUUGCCCUAUGCUACACAGACGCAGUUACUUGAACUUCGUGGCUGGAAGCGAUUCGAAUUCAACCCAUUACCCAAGCCGCUUGCCUGCAAGUUUGUUGGCAUCGACGAGGAAACAGUCAGUUCGUUGUUUCCACGAUCGCUUGUUGUUCGUUACAAAGCAUCGUUCUUGGACCGCGACCACAUAUUGGGCAAGCUACACCAGCCAGAGGAGCGGCGGUGCUUACAAGACAGACUUGCUCAAACAGGAGCGGAUUGUGUUGGAGGAGCAGCAGAAAACAAUCGAAACGACUGUGAUGACAUAACAUUCUCGCAGCAGGUCGAAGCAGAGAUGCAGGAUAUGGAGCUUCCCUUGCCCAAGCGCUGCAAAGUCAGUUCGCAUGGUUCGGGUGAUGAUAUUUCGAAGAUCCUGCGCGUUGACGAGACUUCAUUGUUGUGUGAUGCUUUCUCAGAUCUUCCGCAGUCUGAGGAAGGUAGCAUCCUGCGUGAGAUAGAAGACGUGCGAGCAAUGGUCGCUCAGCAUGGCCAAUCGUCAUUGUGGCACAAAAGCUUACAGCAUGUUGUGCAAGGAGCAAUCUGCGUGCAUCGACUGCGCUUGCUGGACAUUUCUCGUAGAGAGGAAGUUUUCUUUCUCGAGCUCAUUGAAGGAAGCUCAAGGCAUGUGCGAGCUCACGGCGGCCAAUGUUUUUUUUUUAGCGAACAUGGUCACUGGGCUGUGUACAACGGUGUAAUUCCUCAAGGAGUUCUGGCUCGAUGCAAGAAGUUUCUGCUCUUCCUUGAAGGUUUAUAUAGACUGCUGCCGACCGAUACACUCCGCACACCAGAAUCCAUCAUCAACGCAGUGUCGCUCUUGCUGCAUUCAAAGAACAACAGUGCAGAAUUCUUGCUUCAAGAAUGUGAGAAAGCCGCGAUUUGCGGCAGCCCCAUCGUCAACAAGAAACGCAGAACAGCGGCAAUUGCACAAGAUGAUGAGGUCGAUGCAGCAGGGGAACAGGAUGACAACAAGCCAUGGACGCAGGUUAUGGCUAGUACUGUGGGCAAGCUGUAUGUGAAAUUGCAAAGCUCGUUGCUACAUGACCAUUUGAUCAAAUAUUAUGUCGAAUGGUGUGGAAUUGACGUGCAGAAGACGGGCUCGAACAACGUUUACGUGUUCCUUCCGCAUCGGUUUUUCGGCGUCGACGAGGAAACAUUCAAUUCUUUGUUCCGACGAUCGCUGGUUGUUCGUUACAAAGCAUCGUUCUUGGACCCCGACUACAUAUUGAGCAAGAUACAACAGCCAGAGGAGCGAGGCAUUUUCCCAAAAGAUCCAACCCUGAAAGAUUUUCUGCGAUCGAGCCCGGCUUGUCUUGUAACAUUGCGAGCACUGUGGCAGUAUGCCCGAGACCAUAACGCUGCGGACUGCAGAAAAUGCCUUGACGAGUACGUGGUCGGAGGCAAGGACGAAGGCUUGACAGAGUUGUGUGUCAGGCAGGCGUGUGGACUGAAGCACGCGUCGAAGCCAGAAGAUCCUCCGCAUGAUGUUGAUACUUCCAAGACAGAAGGUCAACCGCCAGCUGUAUCAGAAGAGGUUCUUGCAGUUUUACGCAAGCAACGAGAUGAGAUUGCCAGUUGGAUGAUCCAGGUGAAAAAGGAUUUCUGUACGCGCGGACAAUUACGAAGUGUUAAAGGCAAGCAUGCGUGGACUGCAUUCAGUCGUCAAGAUGUAGAUGACGUUCUGGAUGCAUUGGCUGCGCAUAAGCUCAUGCACAAGAGCUCUCUGACGCUGCCCAGGUUGGGUCUGACCGACGUCUUUUCACCAAAGAUCUCCACGACAAAAUCUAUGACGGAUGUCGUCGACAUGAAGCAUGAUGACGCAGCUGCUUUUCCAGAAGCAUAUGAUUGCCAGUCGCUGAAGCGACACAUGCUGAGUCAUAAAGGCCGUCUUGCAAACCACGAGGUGUUGCAACAAGCUCAUAGGACAAAAGCCAGAGAGCUGAAAAAAGGCAAAGGCGGUGGCGCAGGUGUACCCACAAAGGAACAACGCGUGCUCCAAGAUGACCAGGAAGGUUUAGUACAAUCAAUGUGCAACCAUAUUCGACAAGAGCAAGCGCUCUUUGCCGAAAUGCAGAACUAUCUCGAAGACGGCGGCGUCGGUGUGGAGCAACAUGAAAUGGUUGUUCAACGAACAUAUGCAUAUAAGCUGGAAAUGCGUUGUCGCCGCAGUGUGAACGGCUCGGGUGCACAAAGCUUUUCAAAGGUGCUUCGCAGCAUUGUCUGCAAGAACAUGCGGGAUUUUGAUUUCCACGCGAGCAUGUUCACCAUCGUGGUGCAGCUUGUGGACAAACUCGACGCGUCGUUCAAUGACGUGUUGCCAAGCUUGAAAUCAUGGCGUGCUAUUGUUGACAACAGACAAGCAGUGUGCGAGAACAUACUGCAAUGCAGUCCGGUCCGAGGCAAGGCACUUCUGUUGCAAGUAGCUAAUGGUCAAGCAGUGUCCUCAGCCGAGGAUAUUUGUGAAAAAGGCCAGCAAUUCAUAGAGGAUUUGUCCAAUGAAAGCCGAUGCUUACGUUGGCUCGCCCGAAGUCUGUGCCCGGAUAUAUAUGAGAAAGUGAAAGAUGGUACCGACGGAUUCAAGCAAAGCUCUUGGCCAGAGGCAACAGUCUUCUCGUACUGGUGGUAUGCUGCAGAAGAUUAUUGUCUCAGCAGUAUGUUGGAUUUAUUCCAAGAUCUCCAUGCACCACGCCAGCACAUUUCUCUGCACUUCGAUGGCCUUUUACUGUCGGAUGAUCUUGUGCAGGCUGUGGAACAGAAGCACGGCGGUAAGAGCUUCGCUGACAUAGCUCAAGCUCAAAUAUUUGAACGCACUGGGUUCCGUAUCCUUAUAAAAGAAAAGCACUUCAGAUCGUUGGUGGAGCAGCUGUCGGACUUGGAAAAUACAUCUUCGCAUUUGGAUUCAGUCGACGAGACGUCAUUGACAUUACUUUCAUUGCCAUGCAACUGCAUACCCUUCGCUUAUGCCUGUGUAACAGGCGAAUGGCUGUUUGUUACUGAGAUGCUGCAGAAGGUCAACCAAGCGAACACUCGUGCAAAAGAACGUGGCUACAGAUGCUACAAAGACUGGUCAGAGUACAACCAAAGGUUCUUGAAGCCAUGCUUGACAUUGCCUGCCACACCAAAUACGUGUUUUCUCAUACACGCUGAUGUUGAUGGCGCGCCUCGCUGCUUUGGUGCUAAAGUCUUGGCCGAUAGUCAGCUCCAAAUCUUCCACGAGCGCAGAGCGUGCACUUUGCCAAUCCUCUCUUUAGAGGAGAUUCUUGCUCAAACGUGUGAGACUUUCAGCGUUGUCUUUUUCAGUGUCCAAAGCGUGAAGCCAGAAAUGACGGCCUCGGAAGCAGAACUGUUGGAUCUAGUCGCAGGUUGCACUUCGAACCGUUGCCUGUUUACAGACAGGCGUGGUGGUGGUGAGGCUGGCGAUGCAGAUGUGCAAGUUGGGCAACAUCUACGAGACCUUCUCGAACAGGAAGUGAAGGACGCAAUUGGCCAAAUUCAACAGCAGAAGGGACAUUCGUUCGGGGCACAAGUCUGCCCGUUGUGUCCCUGGCGACGUUUCGAAAAAAGAACCUACUUAUUGACGCAUAUCACCAAGCACCACAGUGUCAGCAAAAGGUUUGUGGCAUCCGGCACAAAGCAACUUCGCGUCAUUGCUGCCAUGUACGAUGACGACGCUGCGCGACAAGCAUCCCACAGCAGAUACAUGAGUCGUUCAGCAGAACUUCUUCGAAGCCAAGUCAAACCUGGAGUGUCUUCCAAGAAGAAUGUCAUUGACAAGGACAUACGCCUUUGCUUGACGACUAAAGGUCCUUCUUUCAUGUCGAUGCAGAAAAUCAAGAAGGCCAAGGAUUUGAGACGCGUCGGAAAUGUCUACUACGACCGUUCCUUCGCAAAUGACUUUAUGUGCAAUGCUGUAGCAAGCCGAGCAUCUUUCCGGCAAAUUGCAGCCUCUUUCACAUCUUCCACCGCGCGACAUCAAGGCGCGUUAUGCUCCAUGCUGCCAGAAGCCAGUCAUUCGUUUUGGUGCAAUGUAUUGGAAGACUUAACUCAAUCGCCGCAGAUCAAAGUCAAGCUCCAAGAUCUUCUACAAGAGUGUGAGGCUCAUACCGAAUUCGAGUACUUAAGCAUCGAUGCCACGGUCAAGUGCAUGAUGAAAAUUAUUGGCCAAGCGCACUUCAACAGCAGCCAAGACUGUCGUGAUGCUGCGGCAAUUCCUGAUUCAGCGGCUGCUUACAAACUUCUGACAGUGCGUGGACGUACGAAUGCUGUGGUUGGCUUGUGUGGAAUUCGGUCGGAAGGUUCGCGAGAGAUUGCAUCUGGCUUGAGCAGCGUGCUGACAUUGUGUCAGCGAGCACAAGUUCUGCACAUGGCAUCAGACUCGCCGAGUGUGGAGCUUUUCGCGACGUUGAAGAAUACAUUUCCGAACUUGCAGUCGGUUGGCCUGGAUGCCAUGCAUAUCGUUAUGGUUUACGAACAAAAUCAUAACAACAAGAGAACCAAAGGCAGCAGGUGGCUGGCCACAGUUAUGAACAAAUUUCGCAACAUUGAUGUGGAAUGCCCUGCCGCUGCCUGGGGACCUAUGUACACCGGACAGCAGCAAAUUCAUUACACAGCUGAAGAAAAGAGACUGUCGGCGUUGGUUUCCAAUGCAAGUAUGCCUGAAGCUGAAGCUCUGGGUAUUCUGCAACAGCUAGAUCCUGAUAGUCCUUGGCGAACAGAGUCACAGUUCCUAGAGGCGAUGGCUGCAAUAUGUACGCUAUUCCAGGACGAACUGACAAAAACAACCUUCUCCGGUCCCACUUUGCAUCGACUCUUGAUUAAUCUUACAUCGCCUGUGAAAAUCCAAUGGCUGUUCAACGACACGAGAUACCGCCACGCGUGUUCGCCCUCGCAAACGCCGUUGCUGCCGAGCGGUACUACAUCUAACGAGUCACUGCAUCACGAACUGAACAGUUGGUUUCACGAAAUCGUGGCGAUGCAUCGCUCCACAUUGGAAACGAAGCUGAUCUUUUUCCAGUUUGUGAAACUGAGCAGUCACAAUCUGUCGUUAUAUCAUUCUUUGCAACGACAGAAUACACAGAAGCAACUAGCCCAUCGCCUUAUCGGCAUGGCAGACAUUUGGGAUUCCAAAUCAUGGAAGGCUUGGUGUCGGGAGCUUAUGCAGGACAAACGUGCACCCAAAAGAGCGCUGCUGGCUGGUGCAGAGCAACGCAAAGCUACCCAAGCAGCAGUCAAAGCAGCUCCGAAGCUGUUUUCCAAAUCAUUUAAAAGGCCUAGCUCCGCAAUUCCUCCGCCGCCAAAGCGGCAGCGAACUAGGCGUCAUCCGUUCUCACUUCGCGUCCUGGCUCCGUUAAUACGGCCAGGUCGCCACAAAAGCCGUGCAGCAGCGACUGCAUAA